GGUGAGCACGGUUGGAUAGUAAAGUGGAAUAGAUACGAGUGCAAAGCCAGCUGGGAAACCUCAGAUGAGGUGCAGGUCUAUGAGGAAAAAGGGGUUUUCAAACUGAAAGCAUUUUCUCCUCGUGUUUGCGCCCAUGAUUUUCGCUGCGUAGCGGUGUUCUAAUAGGUUCUUCAAUAACAAAGACGGAAAAGCGUCCACGCGCUUCGCCUUAACCAAACCCCCGCAAUACCUUUCCGGAAAUGCUCUCUACUCCAGUUUCCGUCGUGCGAGUGUUAGUCCUCCGAACACUAGGGGGCAGCGUAGGUCUCUAUGCGUCUCUGUUCUAGUCAAACAUUACGAGGAGCGCGCGUGCGGUGCUCGGCCGUUACAAGGCUGCGCUGUGUGACAGGGAACGGUCGAGAGGCUCGUGCGGUGACCUGCGGCGCUCAGCCCGACUCCCUCCCGCUCCGCUCCACUCGGCCGCAUGUAGCUAGCCUCUGACACCCGGGCGCUCGCCGAGGACUUGUCCGCUGCAGGAAUCAUGAACGAGAACGACGGACUGCGCUUCAGGAGGCUCAACAACAGACCGCAGGUCAUCACGGACGAGUCGCAGGAGCGCCGCCGCGGCAAAGGCUCCAGCACGUACAGUGGCCGGGUUUUCCGGAUAACCCUUUUAUCACUGGGAGCCUUCCUCCUGCUUCCUGUGCUGGGCAUCAUCUUCCUGCUGGAGUCGCCCAUCCAGCCGGAGGUGUUCAGCCUUGGUGAACCGCCUCUCAUGUCAGGCUGCUUUGAGCCCAACUUCAAGCUGAGGCAAGCCGAAAGACUGUUCGAAGACCAGCUACUGGGACCGGAGUCCAUCGCCAACAUCGGAGAUGUGUUCUAUACAGGCACAGCCGAUGGCAAGGUAGUGAAGAUUCAGGACAGGAGGAUUCAUGUCCUGGCUACCCUGGGAAAGCCACCCUGUGGUUCCUAUGAUGAGGAGCCAACCUGUGGCCGCCCCCUUGGGAUCCGCGUGGGAACUAAUGGCACCCUGUUUGUAGCAGACGCCUACCUCGGCCUUUUUGAAGUUAAUCCAAUCACAGGGGAGGUGAAUACCUUGGUAUCAACUGGGCAGGUGGUGGAGGGCCGAAAACUGUCCUUCGUGAACGACCUGGAUGUGACGCAGGAUGGCAAGAAGGUGUACUUCACCGACUCCAGCAGCAAGUGGCAGCGGCGGGACUUCCUUCACCUUGUUAUGGAGGCCACUGCAGACGGACGUGUCUUGGAAUAUGACACGGUGACCAGGGAGGUGACUGUCCUGAUGGAUGGAUUGCGCUUUCCCAAUGGGAUUCAGCUGUGCCCUGAUGAGGAGUCUGUUCUAGUGGCAGAGACCACCAUGGCCAGGAUACGGAGGGUCCAUGUGUCAGGUCUCAACAAAGGAGGCAUGGAAACUUUUGUGGACAACCUUCCCGGUUUCCCUGACAACAUCCGCCGCAGCAGCUCAGGUGGUUAUUGGUUGGCCAUGUCAGCUGUACGUCCCAACCCAGGCUUCUCGAUGCUGGACUUCCUGUCACAGAAGCCCUGGAUCAAGAAGCUGAUCUUCAAGCUCUUCAGCCAGGAUGUCCUGCUGAAGCUGGUGCCCCGCUAUAGCCUGGUGUUGGAGCUCUCUGAGGGAGGGGCCUGUCAGCGGAGCUUGCAUGACCCUCAUGGGGCUGUGGCUGCCUACGUCAGUGAAGCCCAUGAGUACGAUGGACACCUCUACCUGGGCUCCUUCCGUUCCCCCUACCUGUGUAAACUGGACCUCAGUAAAGUGUGAGUCAUGUCACCCAUACCCCAGUCCUCUAGGCCUGUUACCCCCCAGUAACCAACCCCAAUGCAGAAUGUUGGGUCUUGACCCUCCCAACACCGCCCCGUGAUGAGCUUUCAUUCCCUGCGGAUUGACUUUAGCUGGUAGCGCUUCCUUUUCCAUGUGGUGUGAGGUGACUCAGCCAAGGCUACAGCAAGUGUUUCAGCUUGAAUAUCAUUUUCAUCUUACCACACACCACUUAUUUUUCUUCCAUCUGUAAAACUUGGCCCUUGUUUUUCCAUUAGUUACAGAUCUUUCCACCCUCUGUUUGUGGGUCACACCUUCUUAUAUUGAACCAAAAAAAAAGUCAAGCAUUGCCUGCUGUACCAUUCACUUAAACUGUCACCAUUUUUUGUCAAAUAAGUUGUAUUGAAUUGUUAAUUUGAAUUACAGAUGUAUUUUAUAAACUGU